CUCUGGUGCUCUUACGAUGGGCUGAGAUUGUCUGUCUCACUCUCGCCACUAAAAGAGCUCGAAAGGAAACCCCCACCCCUCUAACCCAAAUUUCUACGAAAUUACACCCAAUUUUCUUCUCCAUCUGCCUAAUUCUUUUACGAAUCUUAACAUUUGUUUGGAAUUUUUGGGCUAAAUUCCAUUUUUCCGUUCGCCGUUGAUGGAUCUCUGCACCAAGCUCCGGGGCAUCGACCUCCGAUCGGGAUUCCUUUCCGGUUCCCCUCUUUUAGAUGCCGGAAAGGCGAGGAUCCGGCCGCGAUUCCGCCCAGUCAGGGCUUGUCCCCCUCAAACCCGGCGAAGCCAUGUAUCCUUAGCAAAAAAGACUAGCUUUGCUAGUCCUAGAAGUAGAAACCCUAGCGUCUCCGCGAGGGCGGCGGUCGAAACGGCCGUCGCGGAUGCCGAGACCACCGCCGACGUCGAAUCUCUCUUUGCGGAUGGCUCCGUCGACGAGGGUGCGAAGAGGCAGGGGAAGAGGAAGUCGAGCAGUGGGGCUUCGAGCGUCUCGUCGGGGGUUAGGUUGGAAAACAUCAGCAAGAGCUUUAAGGGAGUGACCUUGCUGAAAGAUGUGAGCUGGGAGGUGAAGAAAGGUGAGAAGGUUGGGUUGGUAGGGGUAAAUGGUGCUGGGAAGACCACUCAGAUGAGGAUAAUUGCUGGUUUGGAGGAACCCGAUUCGGGGAACGUGGUGAAGGCAAAGGAGAACAUGAAAAUUGCUUUCUUGACGCAAGAAUUCGAGGUUUGUCCCAGCAGGACGGUAAAGGAGGAGUUUUUGAGUGCAUUCAAGGAGGAGAUGGAGAUUGCGGAGAGGUUGGAGAAGGUUCAGAAGGCUUUGGAAAGCUCAGUGGAGGAUCUGGGGCUGAUGGGGAGGCUGCUGGAUGAGCUGGACUUGCUCCAGAGGCGGGCACAGGAUGUGGACCUUGACGUGGUGGAUGUUAAAAUUAAUAAGUUAAUGCCUGAGCUUGGUUUUGCACCAGAGGAUUCUGAACGGCUGGUGGCAUCAUUCAGCAGCGGGUGGCAGAUGAGGAUGUCUCUUGGGAAGAUUCUACUUCAGGAUCCUGAUUUGCUUCUUCUUGAUGAACCCACGAAUCAUCUUGACCUGGACACAAUUGAGUGGCUGGAAGGCUAUCUUAACAAGCAAGAUGUGCCAAUGGUCAUUAUAUCUCAUGACAGAGCUUUCCUUGAUCAACUAUGCACGAAAAUCGUCGAAACAGAUAUGGGAGUAUCCAGGGUAUUUAUGGGAAACUAUUCUGAGUAUGUGCUAGCAAAAGCAGCAUGGGUUGAAGCUCAAUAUGCGGCAUGGGAAAAGCAGCAGAAGGAGAUUGAGCAUACAAAAGACUUAAUAAACAGAUUGAGUGCUGGAGUUAAUGCUGGGCGUGCUUCUAGUGAAGAAAAGAAGUUGGAGAAACUUCAAGAAGAAGGGCAAGUUGAGAAGCCUUUUCAAAGAAAGCAAAUGAAGAUCAGAUUUCCUGAACGUGGAAGGAGUGGGAGAACUGUCUUAAUGAUAAAGAAUCUUCAAUUUGGAUAUGGAGAUGAGGUGUUGUUUAAUAAGGCAAAUCUUUUAGUUCAAAGAGGUGAAAAAAUAGCCAUUAUUGGUCCAAAUGGAUGUGGAAAGAGCACCUUGCUUAAAUUGAUUAUGUGUUUGGAGAAGCCUAUGGGAGGUGAAGUCACUAUUGGGGAGCAUAAUGUUUUGCCAAAUUAUUUUGAGCAGAACCAGGCAGAAGCACUUGACUUGGAGAAAACUGUGCUAGAAACAGUAGAAGAAGCUGCAGAAGAUUGGGGGAUUGAUGACAUUAAAGGUCUUCUUGGCCGUUGUAACUUCAAAGCUGACAUGCUUGAUAGAAAAGUUUCACUUUUAAGUGGUGGAGAGAAGGCACGCCUUGCUUUUUGUAAAUUUAUGGUGAAGCCAUCUACUUUGUUAGUUUUGGAUGAACCAACCAACCAUUUGGAUAUACCAUCAAAAGAGAUGCUGGAGGAGGCUAUAUCAGAGUACAAGGGCACUGUCAUUACUGUUUCUCAUGACCGAUACUUCAUAAGGCAAAUUGUUAACAGAGUAAUAGAGGUGAAAGACAAAGGCCUACAAGACUAUGCAGGAGAUUACAAUUAUUAUCUUGAGAAGAAUCUUGAUGCUAGACAAAGGGAACUUGAGCGUGAGGCAGAGCUCGAGGAGAAAGCCCCAAAAGUAAAAGCAAAAUCUAAAAUGUCAAAGCAAGAGAAAGAAGCCAGGAAGAAGCAAAAGAUGAUGGCUUUUCAGCAAGCGAAGGCAAAAUCUAAAGGUUUGAAGAAUGCAAAGCGUUGGAAAUGAUUCUUGUCAUGACCCUGUGUCCAAGUUAAAAAAUCAUCUUUGUAAUAACCAUGAAAAGCUUACAUAUGUACAUAAUACACAAAUGUUCAAAUAAAAUCAUACCUAUGGUGGAAUGAAAGAAUAGAGAUUCGCCUGCAGAAUUAUA